AAAAAAAAACUUAAAAAUCCUAACCCAAUACCCCAUCCCCAUGGCAACCACAAUCGCCAAGCCCUUUUAAAUCUUCCCCCAUGUCUAUAUACACGUGGGAGGAAACAUAAAUAUCCAGAGAUUAAUUAUGGAAAGCAGCACAAGAAUUCUGCGCUACUGCCCUCUUCUUCUUCCACGUGCCCUUCUCCUCCUCCUCCUCUUCCUCUUCUCGCCAUUUCUCCUUCUUUCACUUCCAUGGACAACAAUGCUAAUACCAGCAGCACCAAUACUUCUUCAUUCGCCUCCUUUGCUCGUUCCAAUACAAGUGGUGGUAGAGGAAGAGACUUGGAGAUGAAAAAUGAUAGACAGAGAUCGAGAGGGCGUGGAAGCGGUGGCAGAGGCGGCGGUAAAGAUAAGAUUGACGCACUUGGUAGAUUAUUGACACGAAUUUUGCGCCAUAUGGCUUCUGAACUGAAUCUGAAUAUGCGGAGUGACGGGUACGUGAAGGUUAAUGAUCUCUUAAAGCUCAAUUUGAAGACGUUUGCCAAUAUCCCAUUAGGAUCACAUCCUGUUUAUGAAAUUAGGGAGGCGGUCCGGAGAGAUAACAAGCAGAGGUUUAGCCUCCUGGAAGAAAAUGGAGAGCUUUUAAUACGCGCAAACCAAGGUCACACGAUAACGGCAGUUGAAUCUGAAAGACUAUUAAAGCCCAUUCUUUCGGCUGAUGAAAUUCCAGUGUGUGUACAUGGAACUUAUAAGAAGAAUUUGGAAUCCAUAUUAGAGUCUGGUCUAAAACGCAUGAAAAGAUUUCAUGUGCACUUCUCUUGCGGCUUGCCGAUGGAUGGUGAAGUGAUUAGUGGCAUGAGACGAGAUGUAAAUGUCUUGAUAUUUCUUGACGUCAAAAAAGCUUUGGAAGAGGGAAUGAAGCUCUACGUCUCCGACAACAAAGUAAUACUGACUGAGGGUUUUGAUGGUGUUGUACCUGUCAAGUACUUCAAAAAGAUAGAUUCAUGGCCGUCUAGACAACCUAUUCCUUUUUGAGCUCUUGGGUUUGACCAGGAAUGGUCGUUUUGUUUUCCCUUUUUCUCUUCUUUUUGGUCCCCGGAAUGGUCACUUGAUUAACUUUGGGACGAUGAAAUAAAGCUGGUUCCUUUUUUCCAUCAUAGAUGUAUAUUUAGCUCUUGAAUUACAUAGUGUAUGCCUCCUUAUCAACGUGGCAUGGAAUUUGAUAUUGUU